CUCCUCUACUUAUCAGUCGAUCACAACCUCUAUCCUUCUGAAGCUGUCAAGAUGAGAGCUCUUUUACUGCUGUGUCUGCUCCAGGCAUCCCUUGCUAAGCCUUCCUAUGUCUGGGAAAGCUCAAAUUCAACAGCAGAGCGGGCAAACCCCAACAGAGCGUGUUCCUUGGACAAAGGAUCUUGCAACUGCUGUGUGAUGCUGAAAGAGGUAAACAAGCUGAAGAUGUACUUUAACGACAAGCUGAGUAAGUUGGAGGAGGAAUACGUACAAACAGAGAAAGGUCUCAACCUUAUGGAAGCCGGCCGCGUUGCUGUCUCUGUUGCUCUAUUCAAUACCACGUACUUUAGAUGUUAUGGCCCCUUCACAAUCAACACCAUCAUCGUCUACAAACACGUCUUCAUCAAUAUGGGUGAUGGCUACAAUACAGCGACUGGUAUCUUCACUGUUCCCCGCUCUGGUGUCUAUAGCCUCGCCCUCACCAUCUAUAGUGACGCCGGGUCUCCUGGCAACAUCUUGGUCGCCUGCGCAGGUCUGCAGGUUAACGGCCUGGUGGUGGCAGGAUCCAAAGAAAUAAAUAUGCAAGACCAAGAGGACAGUGCCACUGUAGUUGUGGCCCUCCACCUGAAUGCUGGGGACAAGGUGGCUGUCAACCUGCCCAGAGGAUGUUUCCUCUGCGACGACAGUGGCAACUUAAAUACUUUCAGCGCUUUUCUGCUUUAUCCUACUGAACCUCUGGGCUAGUGCACAUACUUUCUUACUAACUCUUGCCCUACUGACAAGGUUAAAGUCAACUAGAAGAAGUAUGUUUAUGAGGUGCCUUGUAGCCUCACGUCAAUCUGAGGGAAGCACACUUUUAUAUCUGUCACAUCUGAUUUGAACCAAUGUAAUGUGAGUGUCUUUGUUCUAAAACUGCUUAUCUUUUGUUUGCUGUAAUCUUGAUACAAUUUGGAGGAAUCUACUU